UAGAUUUUGAAGUAAAUGCCGAUGCUAUCUUGUUCAGCUUGGUAUUAUUUUGACAACUUUGACGUAAUGAUUUUUUAGUGCUUUUACUGUUAUCACCCUUUUUAUAUUUAUUAAUUAGUUGUCAGUUUAUUUUAAAAUUAACACGAGCUCACAAAUCGUGUGGUAUGAAAAUUUCAAGUUAAUAUGGGCGACGGUUUAAAGUUAUCUAAAGAUAAGCGUCAUAAAAGCUCCAGCAGCUUAGCCGGAGUCGUGCUAGAAGGAACACGCUCCGAGAGGAAACUCGAUAUAAGGGCCUCUAUACCAGAAGUGGAUGACCAGUUUACCAUCGCAGAAGCACGAUGCGAUGAUUUACAAGAGAAAAUCGAUUUAGUAAAAGUGUUGAAAAGAAAAAGAAAACUAAAAAAAAGAAGCACGACGCGAAUGGCGGAUCCGCCCGCAAUCAACGAGAACAUGCCGCUUAUAACCGUGCGGACACAGCCCAAGAAAAAGGUGUCGCAGCAGGCAGCGCGGCUGCGGCGGCUGGAGGUGCCGCCCAACCCGGCGCGCGGGUACCUCGACCCCGCCACGGUGGAGCAGCACCGCAUGAUCGGACAGGUGCGCGGGUACAACCAGAUGUACAGGCCGUUGGAACAGCCGAGGUCCAGGCAGAACGCCGAAAUUAUGCACGCGGCCCCGAGGAUUCGUCGCCGCGCGCGCGCCGACGGAGAUGCCAUGACGUCGUGUGACGUAGGCGUGUGCGGGCAGGGCGUGCAGUUCAGCAGCGACGGGCCGCUGGAGGUGGCGUGCGGCGACGACGACCUGGCCGACUUCUCGGACAACGACGUCUUCGACCAUCGCAACGACUACGCGGCGAUACCGAAGAAGGUAGUUGAAGCAAGACAUGUCGUAAAGCCGCCCCAGGGUGCCCGCCGCAGGCAUGUCCCCAAGGAAAUGCCACCUAAGGAGACUCCGAAGCGCUCGGAGGCGCGCGAAGAGCCGCAGGCCCAGGAGCGGUGGCGGGUGGGCUCGCCGCCGGCCCGCCGCCGCCCGCCUGCCGCGCGCCCGCCCCAGCAGACUUCGCCGACGUCUCACGGAGAGGAGCGGCCCGUGGUGGAGCUGUUCAACAAGGCGCUCAACAGGUCGAGUCCGCCACCGCAGGCGCGCAACCAAACCUCGCCGGUGGAUAAGAAGAUGAAGAGGACAGGUUUGAAUUCACCUUUCUAA